UUGAGGACCGCAAAGAUGGCGCUUUCCAGUUCCCGGGAGCAGCCAGCGGCGUCGGCGACUAGCGAGAGCCCGGCCGAAGAAGAGAUGGUGCUGCCGGGCUUCCCCGACGCAGACAGCUUCGUGAAGUUUGCUCUCGGGUCAGUGGUGGCUGUCACCAAGGCUUCUGGGGGCCUACCACAGUUUGGUGAUGAGUAUGACUUCUACCGAAGUUUUCCUGGCUUCCAGGCAUUUUGUGAAACCCAAGGAGACAGAUUGCUUCAGUGCAUGAGUAGGAUAAUGCAGUACCAUGGGUGUCGGAGCAACAUUAAGGAUCGAAGUAAAGUGACUGAGCUGGAGGACAAGUUUGAUCUACUCGUUGAUGCCAAUGAUGUGAUUCUGGAGAGAGUGGGUAUUUUGCUGGAUGAAGCAUCGGGGGUGAAUAAGCAUCAACAGCCUGUCCUCCCUGCAGGACUGCAGGUCCCCAAAACAAUAGUGUCCAGCUGGAAUCGGAAGGCAGGGGAAUAUGGCAAAAAAGUGAAAUCCGAAACUUUCCGACUGCUGCAUGCAAAAAACAUUAUCCGACCUCAGCUCAAGUUUCGAGAGAAGAUUGACAAUUCCAACACACCGUUUCUUCCUAAAAUCUUCGUUAAGCCCAAUGCUCAGAAACCCCUUCCUCAGGCACUUUCAAAAGAAAGGCGGGAACGCCCACAGGAUCGUCCUGAAGACUUGGAUGUCCCCCCUGCCCUGGCAGAUUUCAUCCAUCAACAGCGAACCCAGCAGGUUGAGCAGGACAUGUUUGCACAUCCAUAUCAGUAUGAGCUAGAUCACUUCAGUCCAGCAGAGUCGGCACUUCAGAAGCCCCAGCCCCAGUUGUACAGACCUGUGGAAGAAACACCCUGCCACUUUGUAUCCUCUCUGGACGAGCUAGUAGAACUCAAUGAAAAGCUCUUAACUUGUCAAGAAUUUGCAGUAGACUUAGAGCAUCACUCUUACAGAAGCUUCCUAGGACUGACCUGCCUGAUGCAGAUUUCUACGCGAACAGAAGACUUCAUUGUGGACACCCUAGAGCUUCGCAGUGACAUGUACAUUCUCAAUGAGAGCCUCACAGACCCAGCUAUUGUUAAGGUCUUCCAUGGUGCUGACUCAGACAUAGAGUGGCUCCAGAAAGACUUUGGGCUGUACGUGGUAAACAUGUUUGACACCCACCAGGCAGCGCGGCUUCUCAACCUGGGCCGUCACUCACUUGACCACUUGCUGAGGCUCUACUGCAAUGUGGAGUCAAACAAGCAGUACCAGCUAGCAGACUGGAGGAUACGCCCUCUGCCAGAGGAGAUGCUAAACUACGCCCGGGACGACACCCAUUACCUCCUUUACAUCUAUGAUAGAAUGAGGCUGGAGCUGUGGGAACGAGGCAAUGGCCAGCCAGUCCAGUUGCAGGUGGUGUGGCAGCGGAGCAAAGACAUCUGCCUUAAGAAAUUCGUCAAACCUAUCUUCACGGAUGAGUCCUACCUUGAGCUAUACCGGAGGCAGAAGAAGCAUCUGAACUCUCAGCAGCUGGCGGCCUUUCAGCUUCUGUUUGCCUGGAGGGAUAAAACGGCUCGCAGGGAGGACGAGAGUUAUGGAUACGUGUUACCAAACCAUAUGAUGCUCAAGAUAGCUGAGGAACUGCCUAAGGAGCCUCAGGGCAUCAUAGCUUGUUGCAACCCAGUACCACCUCUUGUAAGGCAGCAGAUCAAUGAAAUGCAUCUUUUAAUACAGCAGGCUCGAGAAAUGCCCCUGCUCAAGUCUGAAGCUACAACUGGAAUGAAGAAGAGUGGACCACAACGCAGUACUGAGAGAUUGGAGAAUGUUCUCUUUGGACCACAUGACUGCUCCCAUGCCCCUCCAGAUAAUUACCCGAUUUCCCCAACUGCUGUAUCUGUGCCAGUUCAGAAGCAGCCAAGUCUCUUUACUGAAGAAAAUGAGGAAACCUGUCUGGACACUAAAUGCCUUCUUGCCACAGCCGUUAUCACGUUAUUCAGUGAACCUAGUGCUGAGGAAAAUGGAAAGACUCCAUUGACGCUUGCACAGAAAAAAGCCCAGAACAUAAUGCAGUCCUUUGAAAACCCAUUCAGGAUGUUCCUGCCUUCACUGGAAUACCAGGCCCACAUCUCUCAGGCAGCAAAGUUUGAUCCAUCCUCGAAAAUCUAUGAAAUUAGCAACCGGUGGAAGUUGGCCAGCCAGGUCCAUGUCCAGAAAGAAUCAACAGAAGCCGCCAAGAAGAAGGCAGCUGAACAAACAGCUGUCCAGGAGCCGGCAAAGAAAGAGUCCACAGCUAUUGCGGAACAGGCCAUCCCUGUGCGGCAGCAGGCUGCGUUAGAAAAUGCCACUAAGAAGAGAGAGAGAGCCACAGGUGACCUAAGAGCCACAGAACAGAAACAAGAGAAGAAACGACUCAAAACUGCCAAGAAACCAAAGGACCCAGAUCUAGCAGCAAAAGAAUUUACGCCUUAUGACUACAGCCAGUCAGACUUCAAGGCUUUUGCUGGAGACAGCAAAUCCAAGCCCGCCCCUCAGUUUGACCCCAAUAAACCAGCGGCUUCAGGCAAGAAAUGCACUGCAGCCAAAAAACUUAAACAGUCGACAGGAAACAAAAGCAUGUCCUUUCCAGCUGGAAAAUCAGACAGAGGCUUCCGGCACAACUGGCCCAAGAGAUAGUGCUGGCGGAGACCCCGGGACCCUACAGGCUGGGAGCCUCGAAUGGCAGUGCUGCUUUUGUACAGACUCAUUUUUAAACCAUUAAAAUUAAUUGCUCCUGGAA